AUAUACAUGUGGGAAUGAUAUUAGGAACACAAUCUCAAAGCUACACAAACAAAAUAUUAUCUUAGAUUAUAAAAAAAAAUUAGAGCCAAAAACGAUGAAUAUCAUCAAGUUACUUGUGGUGGUAUUCAUUGCAGCUUUGAGUGGUAAUGUUGGAGCACGUAAGAUCGGAGGAAUGGCCAAUAAUACCAAACUCAUGAAUAAAAAACAGCCAAUUGGAAACUCUACUAACAAUGUUACUGGUGGAGCCACAAAUGGCACCAAAGCUCCUCUUAGUGGUGGCAUUAGAGGAGUUGCUCCGUCUCAUGUAACAGAAGGCGGAUCCACUAAUGGCACUAAAACUCCUGUUAUUGGUGUCAUUGUAGGAGUUUCUCCCAUCAAAGAAAGUGGAGCCACUAUUGGCACCAAAGCUCCUCUUAAUGGCGUUUUAAGACCAGCUCCUCUACGUGAAGGUGAAGCAACUCUUGCCACUAACAACACUGGAAAACCUAGUGUUUCCGUUAUGGGAGUCGGUACCAACGUACAAAGCGAAGUUCUUUUUACUACUAAAAACUUUGAAACGAGAUUUGUCAUCAAUGCAAAGGUGAGUGAAGAUGGUAGCAACGGUGGGAGUGGUGCAAAGCCUUGAAACAUUAUAAAGCGUAAGUGAUCAUGCUUAGGCUUAUAUGUACGUAUAAAUAUUCUCUACAAAGUCACAUUAAUCUCUUUUGUAUGACAAAACAAAUAAUUUAGAGAUUGUGACUUUCUAUUUCUUCAUUUUAAUUUUCAACAUUAUAAAAAGAGUUGGCUACCCGAUACCCCGCAAAGGUUUAAAGUCUUAUGUGUAAAUCAAAUAUCAAUAAAUAUUUCCAUAUUUUGUCUUU